GAAGCCACUUUUAAAGCAAGAUUAUAUAAUGAUUACGAUGAAAAGUCACUAAAAGAAUGGCGUGAAGAUCAAUCGAGAUUCGUUAAAGAAAAUACAAUUUUAAAAUCAAUGGAAACUAAGUACCUUCUUGAUCAAAUAAUUAAGAUUAGAGAAGCU